AACGAGCACUCGAGGGAACACUCGGAGCUCAUCCCAGGGGCGGGGAACGAAGCCAGGCGUGGAGGGCGAGGAGAGGGGCCGGGGCAGCGGAUGUGGCUCUGCUCCGGGUUUUGGUGGCCCAAAGCUGCUUGGCGGGCGAUGGCUGCCGAAACGCCAAGCAGCACCUGGAGCCCCGGGACCAGCCGCCAGCCGAGACGCCCAAGGGGCGGCCGCCCCAACCCAGCCGGGCUCCAGGCUGGGACAAGUUUGCUCCAUGGGGACCUUGUCCUCCUACCCACAGUGGUGACGAUGCUUCUCCUCUGCGUGAACGCUGGCCCAGCUGUACCCACUGCCAGCUCCCGGAGUGGGUUCCCUGCAGACUGCAGCCAUCUCCACAAGACCAGCCCCAGCGGGGUGUAUGUCAUCCAGCCGGCACGGUCACCUCCACGCGUGGUGUGGUGCGACAUGGACACCGAAGGCAAGGGCUGGACUGUUGUCCAGAGAAACUCUCAUGACACUGAGAUUACGUGGAAGCAAUCCUGGACCACCUACAAGUACGGCUUUGGGAACGUGCAGGGCGAUCACUGGCUGGGCACCGAGUACCUGCACCUGCUGACACAGCAGGGCACCUACAAGGUCCGCUUCAUCGUGCGGAAUAAAGCCAAUGUCACCCACUAUGCCGAGUAUGACAUCUUCAGGGUGGAGAGCGAGGCUAGAGGGUACCCGCUGAGGCUGGGCCGGUUUUCUGGUGAUGGGGAUGACUAUCUGACCAGCUAUCACCCCAAGAAGGGAGGCAUACAUGACAACAUGAAGUUCAGCACGACUGACAGGGACCAGGACCAGUACAGUGGGAACUGUGCCAACAGCUACGGGGGCUGGUGGUACGACAAGUGCCAGAACGUCCUGCUCAAUGCCAAAACCCACAUCCUCUGGCCAGGAUUCUGCGAUAAUGGUGACUGCACAUCCUCCCUCAUCCUGGUCAAACCCACAGAUGUGUGUUGACCAUGCCACAGCGCCCAGCCUCCUGGGAGUUUGGGGAAAUGCCACCGUCCCCAGCUCAGUGCCCCGUUCCCGUGCCUGCCAACAGCCCUGUGCCAG